GCAUGCAUCAUUAUUAGCCCAGCAGUAGGGAGCUCUGCCUCUCACAAUGGGACUGGGCCUGACUGGUGGGCAAAGCGCCAGUGUACUGGUUUCAGUGUGUGGCGUUUCUCUGUGUGCGGUGGAGAGGAAACCCCAGAGAGACAGAUGAUAGGAGAGAUCAAGUAAAGAUACAAAAAAAGAAGAAAUCUGGAAAAGAAAUGUCACAUGGAGGAGAGAACAGCGCCCCGAGAGCUGUUCACCGACUCCCAGCCAACACAUUUACAAUCAGGGAAGUCUUCUCUUCUUCUCCUGCCCCGCUCUCACCUCCUCUCCUGGGACCCACGCCUCGCCCUCCUGAGAAAGCGGGACUCCCCCUCUCCGUUCCUGCUCCCUCCCACUGAAGCUUUAACUGCAGCCGCAGCGGAGCUGGAGGACACAGUCGUGUGCUGGAUUGUGAAGGAGGAAGAGAGAGCAAAGCCACUCCUGAAGCCAUGGACGUCAAGCUGCUGGCGCUGAUGACUCUGCUGGCCGUGGUCGUGCAGGUUCCCACUGCAAACGCCAAGCCCAUCAGCCUGGUGGAGCGGUGCUGGUGCCGCACCACAGUCAACACCGUUUCUCAGCGCUCCAUCAAGGAGCUCAAGUUUCUCCACACCCCCAACUGCCCCUUCCAGGUCAUUGCUAAACUGAAGAACAACAGGGAGGUUUGCAUCAACCCCGAGACCAAGUGGUUGCAAGGAUACCUGAAGAACGCCAUCAACAAGGUGAAAAAAUCCAAGAGACGCAACACCAAGAAAGUCUAAACUGCAGAGAAAGGGGCAGGGAGCGCACUGCCUCUGGAUCUGAACCCCCUCAACCCCCAGGUCAAACCUCUGUACCUCCCUGACACGGCUUUGGAUGUUUGCAAACACGCUGUACGCUACCUACCUGUCCACCUGUCUGUGGACCGCUUGCAGAAGCAGCACUUCACCUCCAAACCUGCACUGAGCGCACCGCCGUCAUCCCCUCUCCCCCCGAGCCAAGAGGGCGAGGAGUCGUCUUCUGAAAUCCACACAAGCUCCACAUGCAGUGAUAAAACUUUGAACCAGCAGGAUGCAAACAGGAACGUGUCUCUGAACGUGGAUCGAUUGAAUUAACUCUGCUUCUGUGACUGUAAAUAAUCAGGGAUGUUUUUUGGGGGUUUUUUUUCCUACACACCUGUAAAGAGAAACCUCGAGCAUUGUGACACAAAAGCUUUGUGACUUCGUAACAUCGUAACCUCUUGAACACUAACAAUGUCUCCAAGAGGACGCUGACGCAUCAGUUGAGCUUUGGUGAAAAGAAGAAGAACACCAAAGGAAACUCAUGCGAGGCAAACAUGUCUCCUUUUCUACUAAAACAUCCCCAGGUUUCCAUCUCCUCCCACUUCUUCUCUCACAAAAAUCACCUGCAUGCUCUCCAUCACCAUGUCCAAUAAAUUUCCUCUCUGGCCUCCAUCUGGUCCUUCUUCGACAUCGAAUGUGGGUUUUCCACACAUGCCAGCUGAACUCCGCUGCAGACGAUGAGAGGCCAGCCUGGCGUCCAUGUUUGAUGGACAGGUAAACAGCCAGCCUGGCUUCAUGGUGCUGAGGGUUCACAAAGACGGGUCAGAGCCAUUUAUACCACUGUGUAUCGCUUCUUUUUCAUUCUUUUAUGUAAGAGGGAACAUCUACUAACAACUGGGAGAUAAAAUGAAGUCUUGAGCAUUUACUGAUAACAGGACUUUUGCCAGACGAAGUUGAAGCCAUGCAAGGGAAAGAACGUAUUUUUGUUGAAACAAUUUAGCAAUAGAAAACAUGUCCACCUCAAAAAACAUGGAUUCCUCUAUCAUCUUAGGUUCAGGGGGUUUUUUUAGUGAAAAGAGUUUAGUGUUUUAUACCAACACCAUUCCUUUUUUAGGAAUAAAAAGCUAAUCAAUUGUCAAAAUUAUUCGGGUCAUGAAUGUCACAGAGGGAAAUGUUAAGGUUGGCAAAAGGGAAGUUUUUGUUUAUCCACUUUUUUUCUAUUUUUUUUACAUAUAUAUUUGAGCCACUUUAUUAUCAGAUGUGUCCUUUAGUGUAUUUUUUUAUCCUUUUUAUAUGUGAAAUAUUACUAAUUGUUUUUUUUUAAUCAUAAGUAGGUGAGAGCUACUAAAUGAAGGUGGAUUUUUCAGUAUUAAAUGUCUUUACCACAAAUAAAGAGUAUGUAAUCCUGUAUGCAAAGAAAUGCAACACCAUCACUGUCUGACUGCUUCAGUUAAAUGUAUUUUUUUCUCUCUCUUAAUGUUUCUUUACCAGUCAAAAUGAGAUGCUAAAGCUGACUUUUUUUUUUUAAAGAAGACUUUUGAAAUUGCUUUUGAGCGCUAAGCUUCCUGAGCUCGAGUCAAACCAACUGAACUAUUUUAUUUUUAUUUUUUUUUAUAGUUUUACUUUAGUCGAUGUGUGACGUGUCAACAGCCAAUGAGCCGAGACAGAACCAAAACUCAGCUUAGAUGUGAGCGGCCAGCACGUGCUUUCAAUCUGCCAGCACCAAAAAGCCUUUCCUCAGUUCAGAACCAGGUGGUUGUGAUCUUCGUUUUUAUGGUCAUUUUGUGCUGGUCUGUUUCGCUCUGUUGCUGUCUGUGAUUUUCUCACCAUUUUGGAGCAAACAGUGCAAUAAUCUCGUAAUUAAUCUCUCAUUAAUGGACUAGAACUGAACACCCUGUGUUGAUCCUGUGUGAUUAAACUAAAUUGUAUGAACACGCUGCUCAGAAAACAAAGUGUUUCAAUAAGGUAUUUAAAGGUAAACAUUUUGGGUUUUUUUUUUUUUAUUUGUUGCUCAUUACCAAACUACUCCACCCAUUGAAAUUGGUGAAGAGAAAUAACAUUUUGUAACAUUUUCUCGUGCUCAGUCUGUGGACAUGGAGAAUGUACUGAAACUAUAAAUUUAUGGGAAUCAAACAUGGUGAUAAUGACUUUCAGCAAAAUCUAAGAAAAUGUAAUCCGAUCGACAAAAAGCCUUUUGAAACUGUGUUUUUUUCUGUGUUUUAACAUUUUUAACAUCUUUUAAGUCUGUUUGGAGAAAUUCACAUCCAGCGUAACUCUUGCUCUCUACUGUUGUAUUUUUAAAUUAAUCAAAAUGAGUUUUUAUUUCGGAGCCCAAGACAAUGUGAAAAUGUAUUUUUUCUCUCGUGGCAGCUUCUGACUUAUUCCUCUGUAACGGUUUAGAAGAUUACUUCCUGUUUCUCACAGCUUGUAAGCCAAGAGGUUGUAUUUUUUAUUUUUGUUGUUUUUAUUUUUAUAUCUCUGCCCAUUUUUCAAUAAAGCAUAACAAGAUAACUAGA